GCCACUUGUUCUCAGACCCUUGAGGGCUUUCCAUCGGAUGAAGACGCCUUCAUGCUCCUAAGCAGCAGAUGCGUACGAUCCCUCGUGUCCUCACCUCUCCUGCUUAGGGUCCCAAAGCCAAGAAGGAAAACGUCUCAUUUUUAGGUUUUCUAGCUGGUAUUUCUUCAGAAGUUCUGCGUUGAAAGCACUCGCUGCUCUCUGCCCGUUGGGAUGUCGUCGAGCCUAGUGUCUGUGCUGAGUUCUUGAUAAGUUUGUUAGAAAAUUGGCACAGCUAGCAGAGCAGGAUGAUGUACACUCACCGUGCAAAGUGUGUUUGAACAUCUGAUGCCUGCUCUAAGCCUGCUGUGCAUUUUAGGAGCAGCGAGUGCUGAGUUAUUCCCCGUAUUCAUUCAAGUGCAGGGGGAAGAUGGGGCAGUUUCCCUCGUGCUCUAGGUGACUGACACCUCCUUGCCAUGAAGUCCCGAAGGAGAUAGAGGGACAGUAGUGGGAAUUUCUUCUCACCCUCCAAAAGCACCCAAACAGUUGCCUAAUGGGAUUACCUCUCCUGCUGACGUCAUGGGGAGCUGCUGCAGUUGUCUGUGCAGAGACAGCAUCCCAGACAACCACCCCAGCAAAUUUAAGGUAACGAACGUGGACGAUGAAGGCAACGAGCUGGGGUCUGGGAUCAUGGAGCUGACGCAGACGGAGCUCAUCUUGCACACUCACAAGCGGGACGCGGUCCGGUGGCCCUACCUCUGCCUGCGCCGCUACGGCUACGACUCCAACCUCUUCUCCUUCGAGAGCGGCCGCCGCUGCCAGACGGGGCAGGGGAUUUUUGCCUUCAAGUGUUCCAGAGCGGAGGAGAUCUUUAACCUGCUCCAGGACCUGAUGCAGUGUAACAGCAUCAACGUCGUGGAGGAGCCGGUUGUCAUCACCAGGAACACUCACCCCACCGAGCGGGAGCUCUCCCGGACCCCCCAGGCACCCAGCAGUCUGGGUUACACCGUCCCAGGAUUUCCCAAUGGAUUUCACAGCUUCUCUGGAGAACCCCUGUCCUACUCAGCAGCCCGCCACCCCUCCGUGAGCAGCCUGAGGCAUUCCUCCGUGGGUGAAGACUCCACUCAUGCCCUCAUUGGGCCUGACGAGCAGUCCCACACCUACGUGAACACGGCCAAUGGUGAUCAGGAGCCGAGGGGCCGACACUGUAUGCACUCCUUGCCUGAAGCCCACCCUCCUUUCCCUCAUAGGAACCGCAGCUGCUCCCUCGAAGACCGCAACCCCCAGGUCUUUCUGCAGCCGGGGGAGGUGAAAUUCGUCUUGGGCCCCGCGCCCAACUACAGGCGCAUCUCUCGGCACCCCCAGGAGUGCAGGACCCACUUCUGCGCCCCCAACAACAACAACAACGAGUGCGAGGGUGAGUGUCCCUCACCCCAGUGCGUCUACGAAAACGUCAACGGCUUGCUGCCCCCCGCCACCUCGUCCCUCUGCCGGGCCGGGCGCUUGAAAGUCCCCCGGGAGGACGCGGGCUCGGCCGGCUGCUCGCAGCGCAGAGCUGCCUUGCUGCACUACGAGAACUUGCCCUCGCUGCCUCCGGUGUGGGAGUGCCAGCCGCUCCGGCGGGGCGAGGAGGACGCCGGGGACGUGCUGACGCCUUCCCCUAACGGCUACCCCGAGGCUGGCGAGGAGGAUCCCCUGCAGAACUACAUGAACUCGGAGAGCGCCGCGCUGCACGGGGGUGGCAGCUUGCGGCGAGGCAGCUUCUUACCCAAACCCCGUCGGGGCUGCGUGCCCAACGUCUUCAGCUUCGAUUUCCCCCGGCCCCGGCUGGAGCAGCCGCGGCAGCUCAACUACAUCCAGGUGGAGCUGGAGGCUGAGCCUCGCAAAGGGCACGCGAAGCCCCCAGCCCCCUGUGCCGCGCCUCCCGCUGCCCACGAAGCCCGCCGGACGGACUCCUACGCCAUCAUUGACCUCAAAAAGACAGCAGCCAUGUCCAAUUUGCAAAGGGCCCUGCCGAGGGACGACGGGACUUCACGCAAAACCCGACAUAACAGCACUGACCUGCCUCUGUGAGGGGGGCUGCCGAGCGCUGUGUUGUGGCUUUGGUCCCUGCCCUUCGGUGUGGCUUCCAUUCGCCAUCGCCCUCUGCUUCCCCGUUACCCCGUUUCCUGGUGUCAUGGGAUGGGUCCUACAGCUGAUGUCAAGGCUAGUCUGUCCGUCCGUCUUCCCCUCCCCGUCUCUCCCGUGUAGUUUGUUUUCUAAAGCCUUACGGGAUGUGGGAAGCUGCUGUUGGAGGUGAACGGAGGGGCAGGAGGUGGCAGCAGGAGGUGCUGUGCGGGCACCUCCUCGGGCAGGGCUAACUCUGACCUCCCGGCAGCUCCGUGGGCAGUGCAGGUGGUCCCAAAAACGAGGUGCUGGGGGAGCUCCACAGCAAAUCAAGCUCAUCUCCCGUGGAUUUCACACCUUGCAGCUCCGGGGGCAGCAAGCUCUGCGGUCAGGCCACUCCAGAGUUGGUUCUUGCCUUGUGCUUUCCAUGGUCCCCAACACCAUGGGAGCUCAUGCUGCAGUCUUUCCCCCCUCAGCUUGCUCCUUCCUCCCUCUGCACUGUUUCCUUGAAGCUCGCAGAAGCUUCUCAUCCUUCUGGCCCUUUCCCAGAUUCGAUUUAAAUUGGGCGACUCUAGAAAUUAGUAGAGGAGGAGACACAGCCAUGGACACAGACACUGUGAUCGCACAAACCUCAUUUCCUGAAGACACCCUGCUUAAAAAGAGGAGGGGAAGACUGCAAGGAUGAGAGAUUGCAGGUUUGCGAUAGAAGCCUUCAACUGUACCGUACACUGUUUUGAUUUUUAAGGGUUCUUUUUUGGUGGCUGUUCAGAAGUGCUGUUGACUUGCCGAUUAAUUUAUUCGUUUAUUUAUUUAUUUAUUAAAUGCUCUUUUGCCUUCCCAGUGGUAAAUUGCCAAAAACCGGUGCCAAUACAAACCGUACUUGCUCCACGCGCUGUGCCUGGGGUCUCUGAUGAGAGCUGGUGGCUUUGCUGAGCUGUGGCCGGAGAAAAGAGCAGCCAGGAAUCUUUUUUUUUAUUUUAUUUUUUAAAUUUUAUAUUUUUUAACUGGGAUUUGCUGCCGCAGGGUGGGUGGGUGGGAGGGAAGCGGUGGGGGAGACGUGGGAGCGCGAGCAGAGCUGCGAGGCAGCCGAGCUUGGAGUCGUAUCAAAGACGUUUCCACCACCCACGUGCCUGGCUGGGCCCAUGAGAAAUAUUUGAUCUGCGUUUCCAGCGAGCGUGCCGCGCGUUUCCUCCAACUGCAGCCUUGGGAAGGGCUAAGUUUCAGCUCUCGGGUAAACUCGUGGCCUUUGAUGUUGGGUUUUUCUGUUGACGCCGGGGCUGAGCUCGAGCUGAGCUGUCAGGACGCCCUUUGAGGUCCCGUGUAGGGUCUGUGCUCCUCUCUGGGUGGGGACGUGCCACCGCCCCUCUGCGUGGUGACCUGCUGCAGCUCAGUCCCUCCCCGGAUCACUUUGUCAUUGCGAGCUGCUUCUAAGCACUCGGGGUUGCUUUGCAGGCCCACGUUUCUGCUCUCCGCGUUCAUCUUCCUCCUUGGGAUGCGAGCUGAGGGGUGGAGCGCUCGUUUGCUGAGCCUCGCCGUGUCCUUGUUCCUAAAGCUUUCUGAUUUGAAGUCAGAGAAAGGGGCCAGGACCUGGUCAGCCAGCCAUAACCUGCAAGGUCCACGGGCUCAAUUUCCAUACUUCUGAAGCUCAGCUUGGUUUUUGUGCUGCGAUGUCAUGCCGAAACGGGACCCUUUUGGAAUCAGAAAGGCAUCAAAUGCCGGGCGGUGCCGUGCCUGCGUCUGCACAGCACGGAUUCCUCGACUUGUUCAUUGCACUAGAAAUUCAAAGUGCACCACAUGCUUCAAUUCAGUGAUUUUUCCUUUUUUUUGGGAAGUUCUCAUGCUUGUUGUAUGCUCUUUUCUCCACCCCAACCCUUGAGUGAUUUAUAACCGAAAGGAAACCCAAGUCAUAUAUUUUUAUAUGUAUGCCAAGUGACUUUAUGUGGAGGGAAAAGGACAAGUAAUGUAUUCCCCUAAACCUAUCAAACUUCCAUUUGAGGAAGUGAGAGAAGAAAUUGUUUCACUCGAUGUAUUAAAGUUAACUGCAUUAAGCCUUAACCAAACUACUUAAAUAAUUCUAAUUAUUUUUCUAAUUUCUACAUGAGAAGUGUCUAACCUGUCAGCGUCGCCCCCGGGACAGCUCCAGCGGCUCUGACCCCGCAGCGCGGUGCUCUGGGAGCCUCCACAUGAACCUGCCUUCACAGCAUCACUGCCCGGCUGGGAAAUACAAAAUACUCCCCGAUUUCACCCAGAAAGGUUAAAAAGGAUGAAAUAUUUCACAUUUAUGUGGAGCACGGUGGCAGGGCCAGGUCUUGCAGGCUGGGUGUGCGCUGUUGGGUGAGAGCUCGUGUGUGGCUCAGCCUUGGGGCACCUGCUGGGGGCACCUCCUGCUCCCUGUGGUGUCCCCUGACCUGGCUGCGUGUCCCCAAGGGCUGGGACGUUCCUGGAGGUGUCGGGACGAGCACGGCUGCGUUGCUGGGGGCUCCUCACCGCGGUCCCCGAAGGGCUGGGCUGCUGUUUAUGUGGCUCGAAUUCGCUUUGGAUUGGGGAAAGCUGCCCUUGAUGUUUGGGUUGCUGCCAUUCACGUCCUCCUGAUGAACUGUGCUGUCUGCCUUGGUCCUCCUGCCCUCCUCCAGCAAUCCCCGAGCUCCCCUACCUCAUGAGGACAUCAGAAGCAGCGAGGAGAGCCUUGGGCAGCAGCUGAGUGCGUGCGCAGCACCCCCCUUACCGCCGGUCCCCGCCAGCAUCCCGCACCCCCUUUACAGCUGCACCUAUUUCGAGGAGGAAGGAAAAAAGAGAUGCAUUUUCUCAUCGUUAAGGAAGACCUGAUGCUGGCUGCUCUCAGAGAAUCGUAACCCAGUGGGCACCUCGCUUCUCCAUCCUCUGCUUCAUGCUGCGCUAUCGCCACCUCCCUGGAAAGCCUCGGGGAUGAAAAGCCGCUCGCAGCCCGUUUGCAGGGGGGUUGUUUAAUGUUUAAGCAACUCGGUAGGAAACUUCAUGUGGGCAAGCAGGAAACCAGUCGUUUAUGGCUUUCAGGGUGUGCAUCAGGUCUGUGUGCAAGUCAUUUUUCUCAUUUUUCUUCGCUUUUGUGGAAAACUUCACCAGAGCAAUAUCUGCGUUAAGUGACCCGGACCCUUUCGUAACUUCUUAAACCUCAAUUUUGCAGGUGGUGUGGAGGUGCAAGAACAGACCAGAGUUGUUUGAACACUGAGGCAGAAGUUCUAGGGGCAGCUGGGAGCAGAAAUGUCACUAGUUUGGGUUUCUCCCUGGUAUUUCCACCUGUGUGGAGCUCUCCAGUGUCGCAGCUUCCUCUAGUGGUCAGACCUGAAACGGUUGCAGAGUUAAAAUUGGUACGAGGUUGGAAGGCCGGGGCGUUUGGUGGUUUUUUUUUCAUUCCUUCAGUUUGAUUUGAGCAUUGGGCAGUAGGGAUCCCUCCUGAGAGCCCUUUGGAGUCAUUCCUCCUUAUGGUUUUCUUUGGGUUGAAAAUUCUGAAAUGUGCCGUCUCUUUAUUUUGCAAGGAUGGAUCUUGCAGGUCUUGCUUUGAGCCUUACGUGCGAGUUCGCUGCGCUUUCCCAAGGAGUGCACGGACACGUGCGUGCUCACCUGGAUGGGAAACAAACCAGGGAUUUCUGCCGACUCCUCCUGUCCCACCAGCCAUGGUUCUCCCCCCGCAGGGAAGACUGUUCUCCGCGGAGCAGAACUCCUCACCCUUUGUGGUUGUGUCCCCAGGAUCUGGAUUUAAGACUGCAUGAUCCAUUCUGCGCGCUGUGCCUCCAGCUGGUGCUGCCCAGCUUGUCUGAAAGGAAAGGAACCAGCAGGUGUACGGCUGAAGCCUUCUCCAGCACCAGGCCCUGAAGCUGAGCAAAUCCCUGAGAUUGUUUAAUUCCCAGCUUGGUUCUGCAAAGAUCCCUCGCCUGGUGCCCCUCGUGCCCGGCAGUUCCAUCCGUGGAUGGGAACCUGGAAAAGGGGCGGUGUGCAGGCAGCUCCUGGGUUUGCUGAGACUUUCUUUGGUUCCUCAGAGGAGGUUUAGGCAACCAAACGCAGCUGGUGUGGCUCCUGCUGGAGGCUGCGGUGCUGCUUCGCUGUCCUCUGCGUGUAGGAUCGAGGUUCAGGGGACGGCUGUGGAAGCAGCUGUCUGCUGUGCAGCGAUGAUUUGACUGACUUAACCUUUAUAAGUGAUUCUUGUUUGAGCUCUGAGUUAAUCAACCAGAGUUUCUCCCCUGAUAUUUCUUCCCCGGUGACUGCAUAAAGAGCUCUUCUACCCUUCCCUUUCCCAGGAACCUGCUGGGAGGUGUGUAGCUUCCCAUGGCUCCCAGUCGUUGUUUGUUGUGGGAGGGUUUUUCGUUUUCUUUUCUAAUUUUAACCCGUUUUAAUGUGCCUGCUUUCCCCUUGAGAAAAGGUGGCCUGAUUAUUUGUGAGCUGGAUCUGCCUUACAGGGAGGGGGGUGGCGAAGGAGAGGCUGGCUUGUGAGGGUUAAGGGAUCAAUAUUUCUGCAGAUUUUGAUUGUCUCAGUACUAAGUGUCACUUUUCUUACCUAAGCCAUGCUGUCCUCCGGGACAAAACCCAAACCCAGCUUCAGCUCCUGCUGUCCUUCUUUCCAGCGAGCGAUUACCGACCAAAUACCUCCGAUCCCCAGGACCCUGUCUCGCACCAGCAGGGCUCCCACCUCGGGUUCUGCCCCGCGUCUCCUUUCCCCGUGCCUCAGUUUCACCGGGGCAAAACGGGGAAGGCGGCGGCGACCUCCUUGGUGUGCUGAUGCCUGUGAGAUCCGAGGGAGAGCGUUGCGGCAGGGCUUGGUACUCCGGCUGUAUGUUCUCUUAGCCAUUUUCUCCCCAAAUCCUUCCCCUCUCCCUCCACGUUACGCUGCUCAGCCCUCGUGGGUCGUUAUUUUGACUGUGAAAUAACAUUAACGAGCGAUUGUUAAUGAACGUUGUUGCCUCAUCGUGGUCCAAAUUCAGCUUCCAGGGGGCUGCAGCCAGUCUUACUGGGAAGUUUCUCUUUCCCCCAAACGUGGCUCCUGGUGAAAUGCUGCGCGCAGGUAGCAGAACAGGUUCAGAUUCCUGUUACCAAACAGGACCAAAGGUUGAAUACAUUAGGGGAAAUCCCGAGAGCUUUGAAGUUGCCAAUUACGAGCCGGGGUGUAGAAAAAAGUUAAUUCUUCAGAAGGGGCCUGAUUUGUUUUCUCUUCCCUAAGUGAAUGUGAUUUUUUCAAGUUGAAAGACCCAGAUGCAUCCGUGUUAUCUCGAGCUCUUCUCCCACGUGGUUCUCCGUGUUGUUCCUUGUUACUGCUGUCUCUGAUACCGAACAUUUUCGAUGCGGCAGAAAAACGAAGGUGCUCCGGGGCUCCGGCCACCGGGGCCUGGGUGGAUCUUAGCGGAGGGGUUGAUCCCGCUGUGUAAUUGCUUCUUCGGGUUAUUCCUCUGGGCAUCCAUUCGGUCCCUCUUUAUAUCUCAUCCGGGUGUAACCGUAAAGGCGAAGAACAGUAGCAGUGCUGUGUGACCCGAGGAGUGCUCAUGUCUUACCUUAACGUGCACUACGAAUGUAUACAGAAUAAACAGAAUAUGACGAUUA